AUGGGAAAAAACGAUUUCCUAACCCCCAAAGCAAUCGCGAACCGAAUCAAAGCCAAAGGUCUCCAGAAGCUUCGAUGGUACUGUCAAAUGUGCCAAAAGCAAUGCCGAGACGAAAACGGAUUCAAAUGCCAUUGCAUGAGCGAAUCUCACCAGCGCCAAAUGCAAAUCUUCGGGCAAAACCCGGACCGGAUCUUAUCCGGAUACUCCGAAGAGUUCGAACAAAACUUCCUCGAACUCAUGAAACGCAGCCACCGGUUCAGUCGCGUCGCCGCCACGGUCGUUUACAAUGAGUUCAUUCAUGAUCGACAUCACGUUCAUAUGAAUUCGACCCAGUGGGCUACUUUAACGGAGUUCGUCAAGUAUUUGGGACGGACUGGGAAGUGUAAGGUCGAAGAAACACCCAAAGGUUGGUUUAUUACUUAUAUUGAUAGAGAUUCAGAGACUAUUUUUAAGGAAAAAAUGAAGAAUAAAAGGAUUAAAUUGGAUAUGGUAGAGGAAGAGAAACAAGAGAAGGAAAUUCAAAAGCAAAUUGAAAAAGCUGAGCAGCUGAAAAUGCCUUUGGAAUCUGAGGAGAAUUCAAAACAGCCUGUCACCAAAGAGCUGAAUUUGGAGAGUGGAGUGAAAAUUGGGUUUACUUUAGGAGGGGGAAAUGUCGCGAAAGGGGAGAGUUCAAAUAAUGCGAGGUUGGUUUUUGAAGAGGAAGAGAAUGAAAACAAGAAGAAGAAUGAGGAGAAAGAGAACAGUGGUAGAAAAAAUGCGUUGGAAGAGUUGAUGAGGAAGAGGAGAAGAUAA